GCCCGGUAUAAUAGUACUUGUAUUCUCUCGAAGAUCGAACGCUGUUGAUGUCACGGGGAAACCUGACAUUGCUGACGAUGGUGUCGACCAUCGGUGGCUUCUUGUUUGGGUAUGAUACGGGCGUCAUCUCCGGGGCACUUCUCUUCUUGCAGCAGGAGUUUCAGUUGACACCGUUUGAAAGCGAACUGGUCGUGUCCGCGACGGUGUUUGGUGCGAUUGCUGGCGCCGUCAUCGGCAGCAGUGCCAACGAACUGUGGGGGCGACGGAAGGUCAUUCUCUCCUCUGCCUUGCUCUUUGCGUUCGGCGCGCUUGGCAUGGGGCUAGCACGGUCCGUGCAAGAGCUCGUGCUGGGUCGACUCGCCGUCGGCGUUGGGCUCGGCCUUUCGUCCAUGACAGGUUGACCUUUACAUACUCCUCUCAUGCAUGAUCCAUCAAAUAACGUCUUCGUUUCCAUCUAUCAACGUUCAUGUUUCCUUCAGUGCCCCUGUACAUUGCCGAAGUGUCGCCGCCCGACAUGCGCGGCACGCUCGUGUCCCUCAAUACGCUCCUCGUGACCGGUGGUCAAUUCUUCGCCACCGUGUUCGCGGCAGUCUUAAGCAGCUCUCCGUCUGGGUGGCGAUACAUGCUUGGCCUGGCUUCCCUUCCUGCCAUGUUGCAGUUUAUCGGGUUUCUCUUUCUUCCAGAGUCCCCACGAUGGCUCGUUCAACAUGGCCAGCACGACGCCGCCGUGGCCGCCCUCGCUUCCAUCCGAGGCGAAAAGGACUUUCAACACGAGUUGCGUAGCAUGGAAGCUGAGUUAACCACACUUAGUCGUGGCGGCGCAGGCAUCGCUGGCUUGUGGACUGCAAUCUCGCAGUUUGCUUCUGUGCGACGAGCUGUGGUGCUUGGGUGCGUGUUGCAGAUGCUACAGCAGUUUUGCGGUAUCAACACGGUCAUGUACUACGGCGUGACGAUCAUUCGCCUCGCGGGGUUCACCGACAGCCACGUGGCCAUCUGGCUGGGCGCGGUGGUUGCGUUAAGCAACUUUUUGUUUACGUUUGUCGGGAUCUACUUGGUCGAUCGCAUGGGCCGGCGCCAGCUCACCCUGGGCAGCUUGCUUGGCGUGAUGGUCAUGCUGCUCGUCCUUGGCGCGGGGUUUUACGUGGCCGAAGUCCAGUCGCCGCCCGUCCAUGGCGGCAUCGACGCCUGCGCCGACUUCACCACAUGCUUUGAUUGUGUGGCCAGCACGAGCUGUGGCUUUUGCCCCGUCGCGUCGCUCUCGCCCCCACCGUCCGUUGUUGUUGACGCUGCUAGUAGUAGUAGUACUAGUAGUAGUGGGGUGUGCUACCCGGGGACGGCCGCCGGGCCCGCGCAUGCCGCCUGUGCGGGCGGCGGCUGGUCCUUUGAUGCGUGCCCCAACACCACCCACGCCCCAGGCUACGUCAUUCUCGCCGCUUUGUUUGUGUACUUGGCGUGUUUUGCCACUGGCAUGGGCCCCAUGCCGUGGACUAUCAACGCAGAGAUCUACCCCCUCUCGGUCCGAAGCACCGCCAUCAGCCUCGCCACCGCCGUGAAUUGGAUCUCCAACCUUGUUGUGUCCUUGACGUUUUUGAGUUUGAUCCAAGCUACGUCUACGUACGCCACGUUUUGGCUGUAUGGCGCGGUCGCUACGGUCGGGUUUGUGUACUUGGUGUACCAUUUGCCAGAGACCAAGGGGUUGACACUGGAAGAAAUCGAUGGCGUGUUUCAAGUGCGGGGCGGGGUCACGUAUGAGCCGGUGGCCACGGACCGCACCUUGUAAGCCACCGAUUCUUAGCGAGCCAUGUAUGUAGAACAAUCACUAGUUAUCCGACUUUGAAGUACACUUUUGCGAAGACGCUGGACGUGGUGUUGGUUGUUACUCGGUCUUUUUCGAUGGGGCGGCGGCGGGUUUGGUUCCCAUGCUGAACUUGAGGACGGGGAACAACACGGCAUACAGCAACGGCGUGGCAAUCAACAGGAACGCCGCCCACAUGUAGAUCGCAUUGAGCAGAAUGAACCGGAACUGGGACAACGUGCCGACCAAAUCUUCUUGGAGUCCCUACGCAACCAUUUGUUCGUUCGUUUGUUCGUCAUCAUGAAGCAGAGGUUGUCGGCGCACCGUGAAGAGCGCAUUCACAGAG